UCCGGUACGGUCAGCUCUUUAUUAUUCUCCAUACUCCUCGUUCCGAUCGACGACCAGUCAACGCCUUCCAAUCCCCCAAACCCCCCAAAACCCGCUAGCUCCAAUGGCGAGCCUCUGGCGAGCCGCGACGGGCCAGUGGGCGAGCUCCGACGACUACGGCGGCGUGGAGUUCUGGUCGACUCCGGAGCGCGGCGGUUGGCUGACGAAGCAGGGCGAGUACAUCAAGACGUGGCGGCGGCGGUGGUUCGUUCUGAAGCAGGGGAAGCUCUUCUGGUUCAAGGACUCCGCCGUCACACGCGCCUCCCGGCCUCGCGGCGUGAUCCCCGUCGCCUCCUGCCUCACCGUCAAGGGCGCCGAGGACGUCCUCAACAAGCAGAACGCCUUCGAGCUCUCCACCAAGAUCGAGACCAUGUACUUCAUCGCCGAUACGGAGAAGGAGAAGGAGGACUGGAUCAACUCCAUCGGGCGCUCCAUCGUCCAGCACUCGCGAUCCGUCACCGAUUCCGAGGUCGUCGAUUACGACAGUAGGAAGUGAGGAUCGGAGAAUCUAUAUGAUGGAAGGACUAGCAUCUUUGGUGAGACCAUCAAGGACAUCCAUGCAAUCUGUAGGUGAUUCUGUAGAACAUGAGAGUCCAACUUCAACAACUGAAACCAAGCACUCCAUGAGCUUUCUUCCGUCCUCAGCAAUGUUCCAAGGGAUCGUCAAGCACUCAACCAAAUAUCUGGAUUAGCCAUUUCGCGGAAUUUUACCGGAUGGGAGAUAUUCUACUAGACAGCCUUGACUACCUAACUUCAAGAUGGUGAUUCCUUGAUCUGGCGAUCACAAGUCACUCCUUGCCACGGGAAGAAGUGAACAGAAUCGUUCCACGAACUCAGCAAUUUGAUACUGUCACCAACAGCCAACCGGGUUUUCAGACUUCGCUUUCAUUUCCCAAUGCAGUUCUAAUGAUCGAAAGAAACACCACGUUUAGCAAGAUAACAUGAAAGAAGCAGUAGAAUCUCAGGCUUUGGUACAUUGUCCUCGUUGUAUCAGUGUUACUAUAGGCAUCUAGGUAUAGCAAACUGAUUGCUAAUGCUUAAAAUAACUAGAAAUUCACAAAAAAGUA